AACCAUGUGAUGUUUGAUUAUGUGAAGUGUUGACAUUCACGUGACUAUUGCACACAAUUCGUAAAUACCAUGAGCAUGUAUUAGUCUGGCUUUCCCACUGUUUACAUUUAAUUCCCUUUAAACAACAGGCUUAGUGAAUUGAAAGAAUGUGCCGUUGUUCCCCCUCCGAGUUGACUUUGGUAUCACUGAGCAGUGAUUUUCACCCUCUGCAUUGCAGGUUUGGUCUGUGGUGUGGAGGACGCUCUGUAAUUCUACAGGUGAUGGUUUUGACGUCACUAUACGAUCAUAUACUGUGUCUUUGUAAUGCUUUAAAGUCCAUUCAGUCAUCAGCUGUUGACUGAUGUUCUAAAUACCGUACUGUCCCCCCGUGGUGUAGGAUCAGUCGUUCCAAUAAACAGGACUGAUCAGAUUUCACCGAGCACAUAGUGGCCCAUUUACAGACCUGCCGUUUUCCAAUGAAUUUGACCCACUAAGAUUCUUAGAGUGGGGAAAGCAGGAAGCGAGGAGGCUGUAAGCAGGUAUUAGGGGCUGCGACUCCACAGUGUUGCACAGUGCAGCUGGAACACGACUAGCUGUACUGCUUCAGCUCGGUAGGAGACUCAAACCUGAAAUCAAGCCAAGAAGCCGAGAGGAGAUGUGAAGCAGGAGUGAUUGUUUUGCGGUGCUUGCUGCGAUGUUACAUUCUGUUAUGGACGUACACUUUUAGUCACGUUGUGUCCUGGUCAAACCUGAAUGCUUCGCUGUUGGUGUCUUGUAAGGUGGCCAGUUAAUCUGAAGACGUCUUUGUGGACAGGACUCUUGGAGGGCCAAACAAUGGAAUGCUCUCUCCUGCCUACACUGCUCAGCACUCUACAGACUGAGGUUAAACGGCUUAGUUAGCAGUGUGCCUCUCCCCCAAGAACUCUUUUAGCCUGGGGAAAGUUGGGAAAAAAAAAAAAACAGGAGAAGGAGAAUUUCCUUCAUAGUACAGCACAUUAUUCCAGUUCUUUGUAGUUGUUUGUUUGGGAUUCAUUUUUCUUUGUGUGAACACAAGUCAAGAUGGAUUUGGAACCGUACCUGUGGUUGGUCGUGAUUGGCUUCAUUAUAGCCUUCAUCCUGGCAUUUUCAGUGGGGGCCAAUGACGUGGCAAACUCAUUUGGCACAGCGGUCGGGUCAGGGGUGGUGACACUACGUCAGGCCUGCAUCCUGGCUUCCAUAUUUGAGACCCUUGGCUCCAUGCUCCUCGGUGCCAAGGUCGGGGAAACCAUUCGGAAGGGAAUUAUAGAUGUCAGUUUAUACAAUGACACGGUGCCGAUACUGAUGGCGGGAGAGGUCAGCGCCAUGGUCGGGUCUGCGGUUUGGCAACUCAUUGCCUCUUUUCUGAAGUUGCCCAUUUCUGGAACUCAUUGCAUUGUGGGAUCUACUAUUGGCUUCUCCAUGGUUGCUAUUGGCACUAAAGGAGUACAGUGGAUGCAGUUAGUCAAAAUUGUUGCUUCGUGGUUCAUCUCCCCUCUGCUGUCUGGUCUCAUGUCUGGUCUGCUUUUCUUCAUCAUCAGAUAUUUCAUACUUAGCAAGGAUGACCCUGUUCCCAAUGGUCUUUGUGCUUUGCCCCUCUUCUAUGCAUCAACCAUUGGAAUCAACACCUUCUCUAUCAUGUACACUGGAGCUCCCGUACUGGGCUUGGAGAUGCUCCCUGUCUGGGCUAUUGCCCUCAUUACUUUGGCUGGUGCUCUGGUAUGUGCCGGUUUGGUCUGGAUUUUUGUUUGCCCCUGGAUGAGAAGGAAAAUAGCAAGUCGGCUGAAGAAAGAGCAUGAACUUUCCCGCAUUUCUGAUGAGAGUUUGGAUAAAAUCCCAGAGGAGGAAGAGGAAGCCCCUGUGUUUAAAGAGCUUCCAGGUGCGAAAAGCAGCAAUGAUGCUGUACUGCCCCUGACAGAGGAGUCCACAGGAGAGCUGAACAGCCUGGCUAAUGGAGGCACCGUCCUGCCCAAUGGCAGAGUGUAUGGUCGCACCAACUCCAUGACCAACGGGUGCCUCAAGUCCCCUGUGUCCAAUGGGGGCUUCAGCUUUGAUGGACACAUGCGCAGCGAUGGCCAGGUCUAUCACACGGUUCAUAAGGACUCAGGUCUCUACAAGGACCUCCUUCACAAGAUCCACCUGGGCCGCCUGGAGGACGAGCGCAGCAGCUCACGUCCCGACAACAACUACCGCCACCUCCGCCGCAACAACAGCUAUACAUGUUACACAGCAGCCAUCUGCGGCAUUCCAGUGCAGCCCCCGAUGCGGUCAGAGUCCAGCGCCCCUCCUCCAGAGGACAGUGAGAAGUUAGUGGGCGACACGGUCUUCUAUUCGAAGAAGCGUUUGCGCUACGACAGCUAUUCCAGCUACUGUAACGCGGUUGCAGAGGCUGAGAUUGAAGCGGAGGAAGGUGACGUGGAUGUGAAGUUGGCAGCAGAUAAAAGGGAGCCCCAGGCCCCAGCUGAAGGGAUGCUGGAGGACUGUGUUGAUGAGGACAAGGAAGAGAAGGACAAGCCUCAAGUCUUCCUGCUCUUCCACUUCCUGCAAAUCCUGACCGCCUGUUUCGGAUCGUUUGCGCAUGGGGGGAAUGAUGUCAGUAAUGCAAUUGGCCCUUUGGUGGCCCUGUGGAUGAUUUACGAACAGGGUGGGGUGAUGCAGGAUGCGACCACACCAGUCUGGCUGCUGUUAUAUGGCGGCAUUGGAAUCUGUACUGGGCUGUGGGUUUGGGGUCGACGUGUCAUUCAAACAAUGGGCAAAGACCUCACUCCCAUCACCCCCUCCAGUGGAUUCACUAUUGAGCUGGCCUCAGCGAUCACUGUUGUUUUGGCGUCCAAUAUCGGACUUCCAAUCAGUACGACACACUGCAAGGUGGGCUCAGUGGUGGCAGUGGGCUGGAUCCGCUCCAAGAAGGCUGUGGACUGGCAUCUCUUCCGGAACAUCUUCCUGGCCUGGUUUGUGACCGUCCCUUUAGCAGGCCUCUUCAGCGCUGCUGUCAUGGCCCUGUUUGUCUACGGCAUACUGCCUUAUGUUUGAGAUGGAAAAUGGGGAAGAGAGGGAGGUAUAGGAAGGUAAUGAUGAAAAAAUAAAACCGAGACACAGACAGAAAAAAAUAGCAAGAUAUAAGGGGACAGCCAGAGGGUGGGGAGAGUCUUCAAAUGCUGCCUGGAAAAGCAUCCAGAAUCCUUUGACUUAAAUAUCCUUGAUCUUGUUAAGAGUAUUUAUUUGUUUUGUUGAAAUGUUACCGUAAGAUCUUUGACUUAUGAUUUCAAAUGGUACAUUUUAAAUAACUCUCGUACAUUUGUGGUCCUACAUGUCCAAGGGAGUAAACAGAUGGAGAACUGGACACAUAUGCACAUACAAAUACUCAUGCAAUUGCCAAUAUCGCAAAAAAAAAAAAAUAUCAGUACAUGAAGAAUGGGACUAGAAAAUUGGUUUUAUGGCACAAUGUUAUGGCUACUAACUUCUCUUGGGCCUUUAAAUGUAAUGUUUUUAGAUGUAUCAUGCGUGGUGUGUUGUAAUCGCACUUUUAUUCCCAUUCACUGAAACGUCAAACUUCUACGUAAAUGACACUGAGAUCAGCAUCCUGCUGUUCAAAACCUACAUUAGCUGCAUUGCUAAAAUCAUACCUCAGUCAACACUCUAUGCUACAUAAAAAUCAAGUGACAAAACUGUGCUAUCUCAUAAUACAUGAAAUAUUGAAAUAAGUUGAAUAAUUUUUGUAGUGGUUAAUGUGUAUGAAUUCCCUGUUCUUUUAUUGCUGUAUUUAUUUUUAGACAUGUUACCAUUCAUACCUUUUUAAAAACACAAGAGGUGUGAAGACAAAAUCCUAUUUUGAACUAUGUAUGCUACUAUAAUUUCUACUUUGUAUAUAUUUAGGUAUGGAUUUUAGAUUUUUAGUUAUGUCUUAUUUCGAAGUCUUAUAUUGUUACAUUUAAGGAGACUUUAGAUCAGGUUUGUAGUUGCAUGAAACGUAUGCUUUCCAAGCAUAUGAAAGAUAUAAAAAUUAAAAAAUUAUUUUACUAUGACAAGACACUACAUCCAUAAUCAUAAGUCAUAAGUACAUCAAAAAUAAUUGCAAAAAAAAAAAAUCCACUUUUUCUCCCAUUGCCUACCCUAACAGAUCCUCAUAUCAGUGAAAAAUAAAUCAUGCACCAUCAUUUAAAAAUAUAUAAAAUAUGAGGAGCUGGUUAGGAUCAUAAAGAAGUCAUAUCUGAGGAGUUACAUUUUAAGCUUUCUGUAAUUCACUUUUUGUAUACAUACAAUAUCAAUGAUUUUUUUCUCUCUCUCUCUAUUUUUGGAAGAUUAAUAGCCAAACAUUGUGAUGAUCAAGUUUAAUCGCCAUAUUAUUUGACAGUGUUUGUGAUUACAAUCUAAACAAUAUUCAAACAACAGUAAUCAGAUGACUCUGUAUUGUGGAUACAGGAUGCUAGUAGUUCAGUCUAGCAAUAGUAUAUAAUGUUCUUCGAGCCCAACGGAUGAUGCCAAUAUAAAUACCUGUAUGUGCCAGGACAGCCAAAAUCACCAUAAAACCAGCACAAACACAGAUUUACCAUCUUCACAUUUAUGAUGUAUUGAGUGGCAGUGUUAGACGCCGGGCCUUUCUGUUGGUCAGUGUCAUAUCAGCAUUCAGAUACUUGAUUCAGCCUCACUGAUAAAGCCUUCAGUACUGAUAUCACAUUGAGGUUUAUCAGGUCAGGAUGUGAUUUAGUGGCAUGAAUGAGUCAUUUAAGGAAAGGUCAAUAUGUAAUAACCUUUUUGUGGCCCUGACCCCACAAGAAACUAAAACGUCCUGUGAUGUCAGUCCAAAAAUGUCCAUGUGAUAUCAGGUGAACUGGGCUUAGAUGUUUGUCGUAAUCUGCCUCGGGAUAGUCACCAGAUUUGGAAACUGUACAAAUGCGUGGCUUUGAACCAAUGCAAAAGUGUUGUUCUUUCUUUCUUUCUUUUUCUGUGUAUUACUUUUGUUUUUAUUUUUCAUCAAGAACAAAGCUAUGCUUCUAUAUAUGUGCACUUUGGAUGGGUUAAAUGCAGAGCACGAAUUCUGAGUAUGGGUCACCAUACUUGGCUGUGUGUCACGUCACUCACUUAAAUCACUUAAUACGGCCAUUUGCCUUGUAAUGUUGUGCUUUACUGUUUGUUGGAUACAGUAACUUCAGUACUGUGGUGUUUACAUUGUAAUCAUAUUGUAGAAUAACUCAUUGCAGUUGCCUAAAAAUGCCAAUCAACUAACUAUUAAUCACAAAUUAAAUAUGAAAUAGCCAGGCAUAGCGCAAAGGUUUUUCAUGUCAUUUUGUGUUUUAGCAGUGUGAAUCAUAAUGAUCCUGUGUUACAUCACACUGCUAUAUGUAGUACACAACUUUACAUGGUGGAUAUGAUUAAAAAAAAAUAAUAAUAAAAGAAAUUAAUAGAUAUAAAUUUCAUUAAACUAUAUUUUUCUACAUAUAUAAGUUCUACCUGGGUGGUGACUUUACUCACAUGGAGAGUAAACUGGGCUCCUGAGCAGCGAUUAUGUUGAAGUGCCAGUAACUAUAUUAAGAAAAUUUAGUGCUGAAUACCAUUGAACAAUUUCUUAAAGAUGGCUAUAUCACAAAAGAGUCUAAAAAGUUCAGGCAGGUGAUCGUAACGUGGAUUGGUUCCAUGUAUCCAUUGUUUUUUUCAUGCCCAGGGACGACUCUCCCUUGUGUGAGAGUGAGUGUUUGUGAGUUGUUAAAAUUUUAACAGUUUUUCAUGAUUAGUUUUUGAAAAGUAAGGCUGGGUAACUUUGUAAUUUUGUUUCCCUGAAAUGCAAUAUUGAGCUGCCAGAAUGUGGUCAAUCGGACCUCCACCAGCAGUGGCGACACACCGUUUAGAAUUUAGGGGCACAGCAAGAUCCAGUAAAACUUUUUCUAACCUGCAUCUGAUAUUUUGCAUCAACCUGGCGAUAUAAUCUGCCUUUCUGCUAUGACUUGGUUUGUUUUAUAAUGGCACGCCAGCUAAAUCUUCCACAUGCGCAGUAAAAAAAAAUUAACAAAAAUUAAAAAUACAUUCUUUACGUAAGUUUGCGAACGCAGCUGCUUGGCGCUGAACCAACGCGCAUACGCUCUUGUAAAUUUGAUCUCACGCUAACAAACCUCAGUACUCAGAGUGAUUGAAUUGAAUCUUUAAAUGUAUCUGACAUUAAACUUAAAGGGAUAGUUCACCUUCAGUUGAAGGUCCCCAUUGACUUCCAUAGUAUGGAGAAAGAAAAAAAAAAACACAAUGCAAGUCAACUGGGACCAGAAACUGAAGGUGAGCUAUCCCUUUAAUGUGUUAAUAUUCAGGCAAGUUGCUAUAACAUUAGAUUGUUGCGGAGUCAUCAUGACAGUAGUUGAUCCAUAAGAAAUUAACACUAUUUUGCCGCUGUAGCUGAGAGUCGUGUUGAAUUUUGGAAUCGCAUCUGCGUUCAGGUAUUUGCGUAACUGAACAUGAGGUUGCAGUUUGGCCACAGAGUUAGUCCUGAGUUACAUAUUCAAAGAAUGGCAUGUUAACCACUGUUACGCUAAAUAAAUGUAAAAAAAAAAAAAUCAAAGCCAUUCUGUGUUUUUAGAUGGACAUGUUAUGAUUGGACAAAUCCAAACAGAUCACUAUGUAAGACUUACCGAAACAAAAUCAUUCAGAUCCACAACCCGUGUGAUGAUAAAAGGUUUCGUAACUGUUCUUGGCAGCCUAGCGACAUUCUCCCGUAGGGUACUAAUAUCAUUUAUUAAGUUUCCAUGUUCUUAUCUGCACUUGAAAAUAGAAUGUAGCCCAAUCCUCUGCUGGCCUGCUGAUUGCCUGCUGUGUCGUCUCUAUUGCCAUGAUGUGAAUGUUAUGCUGUUAACUGUCUGGCACCAUCUUAAGACAGGGCUUGAAUUUUAACAAAAUCCCCCUUAUCUGCAAAUGUACUGUAUUGCUGUUCUCUUUCUUUUUGGAACCUUUUUUUUGUGAAAGUUGUCUGCAUUUUAACUAAUUAAAUUAUGGGAAUUAAAAUUACAAAGAGUAACAAUC